CUGCAUCAUCGCAAUAAAAAGUGUUACUCUAUAAAUACUUAGUAACUGUUGUAUAUUAUUCAGUCGUAUUUAAAAAUUAUAUUUUUAACAUUGAGCUUUCAAAAACAAAUGGAUUCGUUUGUUCUCGAUAUUUUAAAAUGUCCUAUAAUACUUGAAUUAUUGCUAGUGAUGGUUAUACGGAUGAACGAUCAGCAAUUAUUGAAUGGGUACAAAAACAUAAUGAAACUAGUCCAAUAACUCGUCAACCAAUUAAAAUCCAAUCGAAUUAUGGUUUCGAUGUAAAUGAUUUUCAUCGUCUUUAUAAUAAUCGUGGUACUACACUUACUUUAAUACAAAUACGUAAUUAUUUACAUAUGAAAAAACAUGAUUCAAUCUUUGAUGGUUAUACAACAAUACCAUGGCCUUCACAACAUGAUCGUAUUACUCGUUUUAAGUUACAAUCAAAAGAUGAAACAGCAGUUUCACAUUAUUCUACAACAGGACCAGUUUUUGGUUUAGAUGAUAUUUAUAUUUGUAAUCGAGCCUAUGAAAAUAAUUUUAGUUAUUCCAAUAAUAAAAACGAUGUAUCCAAAUAA